AUGCCAUGGCCAUUUCCUGACAAGCCCUGGUCCAGGAUCCAUGUUGAUUUUGGAGGUCAGUUCAUGGGACACUACUUCCUCGUGAUGGUGGAUGCUUUUUCCAAAUGGGUUGAAGUUCACCCUGUGCCAUCACCAUCUGCAGAGGCCAGAAUCUCUGUAAUCAGGACUGUCUUUUCUCAACAUGGUCUGCCAGCCAUCAUUGUUUCAGACAAUGGGCCAGCAUUCACCAGCAUCCAGUACGCUGACUUCCUGAACAGGAAUGUCAUCCAUCGCAUGCUGGUGCCUCCUUAUCACGCUGCUUCCAGCGGGGCUGCAGAGCGGGUGGUGCAGACCAUCAAAGAUAAACUGAAGAAAAGCACACCAGGUGAUUUCAGGACACAAGUGGCCAGGGUGCUCUUUCACUACCGUUCAACGCCUAACAGGCCGUGUGCCGUGUGA